AUAUCAGGGUAAUAAGUAGUUUGCGCAGUGUUUUUUACUUUGCUCUGCGAAUAACUUAUGAAUUCCCAAAACAAUAAAUCUGGACAUCAUUUUUAUUAUAAUUUAGAGCAACAAAGAACGAGAAAACGUAAUUUUAAGCAAGGCUAGCAAAUCUACCGUGGAAGGGCUGAGAAGAUUUUGACAAAUGAAACUGAGUUAUUGAAAGAACCAAAGUGAAGAAGAGGAAGUGGAACUAAAAUUUUGAAGAAGAAGAAGAAGAAGAAGAAGAAGAAGAAGAAGAAGAAGAAGAAGAAGAAGAAGAAGAAGAAGAAGAAGAAGAAGAAGAAGAAGAAGAAGAAGAAGAAGAGGACUGAGAGGAAGCUUAAUUUGAACGGACGAAGCUGAGAAAAAGACGUAGAAAAUCUAAGCGAAGAUUACCUAAAAGGUGGUUUUAAACUAAUAAGUAGAACAAGAAGAAUUGGACAAGUAGACUAAACAAAAGAGGCUAUAAACAUCGGAGAAUUUGACAACUGAUCAACCACUUCUUCAGGAUCUUAACGAGCUCCAUUCCUGCCUCUUCAGGAGUUGGCAAGGACAGUAUCAGGAAGUUUACUUUUCAGACAUAUGACUGAUUGUAUGUUAAUAGGUCACUGAUCCAAACCAAUCCAUCUUUGCAGUAAUAUGCGGUAUAAUAGGGUAUAAUCAGUAUUAAAGAAACAUGCUAUACCACGCAAAAUUGAAUGCAGCCAAGUGAUAACAAAAGCUGGCCUCCCGAYUAAGUCUUCURUGGAAUGUUUAUGGAUUUGAACCUUACWCUACUGAUUUAUCUUUAUAUGGGAAAACACUAAGCAAAGAAAGGAUUCUACUUCUGAGUGAUGAUAUCAACAAGAUAACGUCUUGAAGUCCAAAUUACAUUUCGUCAAGCGAGUGAGACUGAUACUGCAUAGUGGGGAAGAGGUUGCUCUGGACGAACGACGCACAAAGGAAAGAAAGCAGUUGUUAUAAGAAGAGAAGGAUUGCUAUUCUUGUCAUUGUCCCACGGUUUUAUUGAUUCAAGAUGGCUGCAGAGGCUCGCUCGAUGUCAUUUACGAUUGAUAACAUYCUGAGGCCUGACAACACUGAUCUUGCCGUCGGCGAACAGCCUCACUCGACGUCACGGGCUUUGACGCUUGCUGAACGACUUGCAGAUAUCAUUCUCGAAGUGCAUUAUGGGUCAUCUCGAGCCAAGCAUCGACGCACGCGCACUGCAUUCACGCAUCAACAGCUACAGAUCCUUGAAGGAACAUUUGCCAAGACACACUAUCCUGAUGUUGUGAUGAGAGAACAAUUGGCUGCUUAUAUAAACAUCCCAGAAUCAAGAAUACAGGUAUGGUUUAAAAACAGAAGAGCUAAAUAUCGCAAGCAAGUCAAAGAAGGCGAAGACCCGUCUGUAAACAAAGGAUACGAGACAUCUUUCAUUCCUCUCGAUCCCACAUGGUUGAGCCGAGGAUGCCUGCCUCCGUCUCCUUCAUUUCUCAACAGUUUCCCGCCAAGCAUCCYGCCAUAUUCACACUAUCACGUUCCCUGGUCGAUCUGCCCUUACACCGGUUCAACCACGUGUUCGUGCGACAAUCCGUCCAAUUCAAACACAUCUUCUCAUUGGCMGAGAGCRUCAGUCUCUUUGAUGAACCAAUCACAAGGGKCUUAUUGUUCCCAGUCCUCUUUAAGUCAUCCUCGACACUCGGAGAUUGGGGAACAAUCCACGAAGAAGGAAUAUGGAAGCGAAAAGCAAAGCUUUUGAAUUUAUCAUAAAURSUUAACAUAAAAACAUUGCGUGAUAGCAGUUUACAUUCGGGCAGUCUGCUAYUUUUCACAGGGAUAAUAUAGUAAUAAUAUAGUAUAGCACGUUAAAAUGAACAAAUCAACAAUUUCUAAAAUAUUUGUAAAUAUGUGUGUGGAAUAACUCCCCAUAGCUAGAGCAUAUAUUCAUUCUGAUAAGUGUGGUUUUUCUUUGGAAUGGUUUUUGCUAAAUAUGCAUGGUUAAGCAAAACUGUACCUUGCUUCGUCUAAAUUGAGUCUCAUUAAGGAUUUGAAAGUACAAUUCAA